GGAUCAUUCAAUCAACCACUGGUCAUUGGCUCCCUGCCUCAAUCAAUCACAUCUCUAUUUCUUGGAGACGAGUUCAAUCAUCCGCUCAAGCCUCGCGUCCUCCCAUACUCGCUCAAAGAGCUCAAGCUAGGCAAGAGAUACAACAUGCAGUUCAGCGUUGGGUCACUCCCAAGCUCAAUCACCAAGUUGGACACUGGUGGCUUCAAUCAUCCUCUGAUCCCAGGCACACUGCCCUCGUCUUUGACAGACUUGUUCCUGAACGUCUACUCAAAGCACAUCCUGGCAGACACUCUUCCCACCUCAUUGAUCACACUUAGAGUAGGUGACUACUUCAACGAGUACUUUGAUAUUGGGGUGCUGCCGCCACAUCUCAGAAGUCUCACCUUUGGUACUAGGUUCGACACUAAUCUUCCCGCAGGCGCAUUCCCAGACACCUUGACUGAGCUCAAGUUUGGCUCAAACUUCAAUCGACCCUUUACGAUUGGAUUGCUGCCCAAGUCAAUCAUCUCAUUGGACCUGGGCUACUUGUUCAAUCAACCAUUGAGCGGAUGGGUAGUGCCGCCCGCACUUCAAUCAUUAAUACUCAGCCCACGCUUCAAUCAACGAUUGAGUCCAUCCGCGCUGCCACCAACACUCAAACAUCUUCAACUUGGUAGUUCUUUCGAUCCAAAGUUGAAUCGUGAUAAGAACUUAAUACCAGACUCAAUCACAUCAUUGUCAUGUGAUAACAGUAUCUUCAAGAACAUGCCCAACAACAUGUUUAGUCAUUGUAAGAUCGAGCACAUCACACUCUACAUUGACCAUCCAACAUACUUUCCCAAACUUCAACAAUUCAAUCAUAUGUUGAGUACAUUGACCAUAUAUCAAUGCCAUGGAUCAUUGGCAGCCCAACAAUCAAUCAUUAAUCAAUAUCUAAACACUGGACUUCCCCACUUGAUCGUUCGUCAAGACACAAAGGGCGUGAUUGGCACAGUUCGUCGACUUGAUACCAAUGAACUACUCGUAAUGGAUUCCAAAAGGAGAAUGUACAUCAUCAACAAAGAGAAACUACUAGAUAUCCAUCAACACGUAUUCGGG